AUGUUCCUUGCCGUGAGCGGACGUUGCCUCCAGGUCGAGCGAGCGGGUCUGAAGCAUGUUGGUCUUAAGUUGCAUCGACGGGCAGGUUUCUGUGGCGACCAAGUGAGGUUCGCGUGUCGCACUACACCAAAACGGAGCGGAGACGUACUGCGUCGGCUCUACGCAAGUGCGCCCGCGUCCGAGUCUGGCAACGCGAGUGCCGGAACCGGUGCCAGUGCCGGUCUUAGUGUAGCACGAGAGGGACACAUUGACCAAGUAGGGGAUAAAAACGGAUCUGCGCAGCUGUGGCUUUCGUUUGAACGACGGUUCGCAGCGUUGUACGCGUUCACUCGACCGCACACCGUGCGAGGGACCUUUCUCGCUGCGUUAACCGGCUGCAUUCGCGCUAUUAUAGACUCUAGGGAACAGCUGUUGGCACGGUCGAAAUCAUCAGCUGGAAGUCUCGUUCCGGCAGGGAGGCUGGGGUCCGAGUUUCUCGGAACGCUUACGGGUAUCCUAGUGAGUCUGGACUGGACGCUGGUGCCCAAGGCUCUCUGGGGAAUCUUUGCUCUCGUGCUCGGCAACGCGUUUAUUGUUGGCAUCAAUCAAAUCUAUGACCGUGACGUGGACCGCGUCAAUAAACCUUUUUUACCGCUGGCGGCUGGGAUGAUGACGACCAAGCAAGCAUGGAUGCUCUGUAUCGCAUCCAUCGCGCUGGGCGUGUGGAUCGUUUACCGCCAUUUCUCUCGCACGAUUCUAGGUCUUUAUCUAGUCGGUACGACGAUAGGCGCGCUGUACAGCGUACCUCCCUUUCGAUGGCGUAACGUGCCGUUGUUGGCUGCGCUCACCAUUGCCUGUGUCCGUGGUCUUUUGUUGAACAUCGGAGUCUACGUCGCCACCAAAGAGGCGCUCCGUCUGAAUCUUUCCUGGACACCAGCGCUGCGUCUGUUCAUUAUGAUCAUGUCGGUGUUUGCGGGGGUCAUCGCGGUCACCAAAGACCUACCGGACGUGCACGGUGACCGACUGCAUCAGGUGCCGACGUUUGCGAGUAGGCUGGGCGUCGCCAAGGUGGCGCGUAUGGCGUCAGCAACGCUCUCUUCCAUGCUCGUAGGCGUUGCAGCUAUAUCCUUAAUGCCGGAGGCUCGGUUUCACUUUCGCGUCUGGGUUUUCGGUUUCGGACAUUUAGCAUUGAGCUGGUACUUUUUAACGCAGGUUCAUGGGCGCUUGAUGCGCCUGGGACCAGAGAACCUCGAAGCGUUGCGAACGUACUACAAGGGAAUAUGGAACGUAUUCUACCUUGAGUUUUUGCUGUAUAUCUUCAUCUAG